GAAGCAUCGUCUUGCUCCUCCAUCCAGCACUUGUCUGCUAACAAAAAGCUCGUCCAUGUUCCUCAAGGACAAGUUCAAACUGUAACUUCUAUCCAAUUGAGUUAAAAACCAUCGGCAACUCACUCCCACGACUUACACCAGACUCUCCCUCCCACCGACGGACAGACCAGCGGUAACAACAGACAAAGCACAACCAUGUCUGCUCGCACGUUGAUCAGCACCACCACCCGAGCCCUGCGCCGGUCAACCCUCUCCUCUCCCGUCACUUUCACCGGCCGCCGAACCCUUACUCAAACGCCUUGUCUUGCCCUGAAAGAAUCAUCAUCCACGGACCCCAACCCGGAGGAUUUCGAUUUCCACAAGAAGGACUCGCUCGAGAAGCAAAAGAAAGGCCAAGGCCACUGGAAGCCCGAGCUGGCGUCUGUGAGCGAGGAGAGCAUCAAAGCAGAUCGGAUGAGCCCCGAGGAGGCCGGGGAGGCGGCGAUGAAGCGGCUGCAGGAUCAGACGAAGGGACAUGCGGAGGAAACCAGCAAGAACAAGACCAGUAUGCGGGAUGGUCUCUGAGGAGCCAACAUGCAUAAGGAAGGGGGGAGGAGGGGGAAAGGUCUUUUGGUAAAAGGGCGCAUUAGAUUGCAUGGGGCGUACAGUGUCCCUUUCUACGAAGUUGCGUCAUAUCAUAUCGAGGGUUGUGAAGGGGCGCGUGGACGACCAGACGGGCGCAGUUUUUCUCAGCAUGAUGCAUCAGGGGUUCAGCAGUGAUAAAAUGCAUUAACUGACGUUUGAAGA